CGUUUGUCUGAAAUCAUAUUAAAGUUAAUUAAUAUAUGUAUUUAGAAAAGAAAUUGUGCUUUUGGUUGAAUGAGAUAUAUAGUCGUUAACUAAAGAUGGAAAAGAAAUCAAAGAGGAAAUAACCCAGAAACGGCCGAUGACUCAGAGAACACUUUCUCUCCCUUGGAUUUGCCAUGCCACCGCCACCGGAGACCUGUUUGGCCCUGAAAACCCAUCAAAGCUUCCUCCAAGUGAUUCCUGCUCUAAUAAUGGCUUAUUCUUUUCAUCAUCUCUCAUCAUUAGUAGUACCCAACGGCGGCAACGGGAGCAUGACGAUUAUCAUCAGUCCAGGAGAAGCGAAGAUGAACUGAGUCGGGACGUUAAUAACCCGAGUUACGCCACCCGUGGAGAUUGGUGGCUUGGAUCACUAUACUAUUGAUGCCACUUAUAUGGAUGCACAACACAAACAUGGAGCUAGCUAGGGAGGCCUUCAUCAAUAAGGAGAAUUUUAUUAACAUAUAUAUACUCCCAGCCAGCAGAAAAGUGUUGUCUUGUAAUAAUAUAACUCGGAUACAAAAACGAAGAAUAAAUAUAUGCAUGGUUAUAUCCAGUGUUUAUGUCUAAUAUAAAUAUAUGCAUGGUUAUAUC